AUGAGUCUGAAAGAUGCAGUCUCAGCUCUUCGCUCGCUCAAGGCGGAGCUCGAGGCCUGCCGUUCUUCGAAAGCGGAACUAGAGGUUGCCUACCGUGGAGUCCUCAAUGAGCUCCGGCUCGCCAAGGAACCUAAGCAAAAAGAAGGACAGGACCCCUCUAGGAGCGUCGGCAACAACAAUGACGACGACGCGCCCAGGCGGGGGGAUGAAUCUGGGACCGCCGAGGUAGAGAGGGAGGAGUGGAGAGAGACCCUGGAAGAGGAAGCGCGGUGUUUGCGGGAAGAGCUAGCUGCGGUGAAGGCUCGCGCAGAGUUGAAGUCAAUUCGUGACACCAUCACCGCACAACCGCCGAGUUCCCCUGCGCGAACCGAAGGCCAGGAGGCAGUCAGGCCAGUGGCAUCGGAAGAUGCCGUAGCAUCCGCUCUCGAGAAAGUCAACCAGCUUCAGGAGGAGCUCGAGUCGACUGUUCGAGACAACGUUGAAAUGCGAAGGCUGAUUGAGAACACCCGGCAGAGGGAGGAGGAGGAGAACCAGCACCGACUAGUUCAGGAGGGCGAGGCGGCGGCGAACUUGGCGGCGAUGUCCUCCCAGCUUGCGGAAAGUACCGAAGAGUUGGAGGGGCUGAGAGAACGCCUGAAGGGAGUAGAGCAAGAAGAGGCGCGGAUCAAAGCGAGCUGCAGUGAGAACGUUUCGGCUCUUGAGGCCUCGGAGGGAGAGGUAGCCUCCCUCGGUGCCUCGCUCGCUCAUACCACCGAGGCGCUGGAGGAAGCGCAGCAGCUAGCGGUCACCAGGGAGGAAGAAUCGUCCAACGCGCAGCGGGAACUAGCUGCUGCGCGCGAAGAGUUGAGCAGCGUAGCCGAGAAGGAGAGCAAUGCUGCGGCCUUAGCAGCGGAGGCGGAAGAAGGCAGAGCAGCGGCAGCGUUAACAACCACGGUGGUGUUGGAACGAGAGAGAGCCGCGACAAGCGAAGCAUUGUCGAGGGUCACGGAGCUAGAAACCACGCUCCGGGAGACCGAAGCGGGUCGAAAAUCUCUGCUUGAUGCUGCUGCUUCGGACGCGGAGAAAAUCGAGGCCCUGGCCGCCGACGUCGCGAAAGGGCUGGAAGAAAAGGAAGCGGCGAAAGAGGAAGCUCGGGGCGCGGAGGCCCGGGCGUCGACGGCGGAGGCGAAGGUGUCAAGGGUGAAGUCGAAGGUGGCAGCUCUCAAGGAGACCAUGGUCGAGGCUGAGAAGGCCCACAAGGUGGCCGUAGAGAAGGAGGUGGAAGCCAGGCUAGGCGUCGAGGAGACGCUAUUGAUGGCGAACAAGGUUAUGGCGGAGAGGGAUAGCCUGCGGGCGGAGCUUGCGAGCGAGAAAGAGCAAGCGUCCAUGCGGGCAGCGGGUUUAGAGACGCAACUCGCGGACAAAGAGCGCGAAGCGGCGGACACGCAGCGGCGCCUGUACCUCCGACAAAGCGAGCUCGAGACCGAACUCGAAGACUUGAACGCACACCACGAUGCCCUCCGCGUGGAGUUGGCCCGCAUGGACGCCUCUAUCGAGAAUGCCUCCGAUGCCUCCUUCCGCCGCACCCCCUCUUCUUCUGCCACCUCUAUGGGGGGUAGAGGAGGCGGGAGGUUGCGCGCAGGGGGCGGCAGCGUGGCCUCGCCAAAGUCAACCGGCAGGGACCCGGCCUCCAUCGGAGCGGAGGUGGGAGGGGCAGUCGGCGGGAUUUUGAGAGGUAAGUUUUGGUCCGGGUGGGGAGGCGGCAGCGUGACGAGCGCGGAUACGAAUGGAGGGGGCAGUACUGGCGAGGCUGGAGCCGGCAAAGGACCUGCUGCGGCGGCUCGAAAGGGGUCGAAGGCGAGGAGAGAGGGUGGCCGCGGGUAUGGUGAAGGCAAGAUUUCUACCGGGGCGGCCGGGGCUGGAGAGGCGGACCAUCAGUCCAUCAGUCGGGUACGUGAGAACAUGAUGGCGAGGCUACAGGAAGCGGCGAGGGAAGGGAAAGUAGAGCAGAAGGAGACAAGCGGGGGUGCUGGCGGCGUCAAGAACAAAGACGUCGGCGGCGCCAACACCGACAACAGCGGUUCGCAGGGAGCGAGUGGCGAGAAUAAGGAGGAGACAGGAUCUGAUGUCAAACACGUCUCUGACGUUGGGAUGGCGGCAGCACCAAGAACGGUAGAAGACGAAUGGGUCGAGGAAACCGUGGAGCACCCGCCCCCAGAUUAUGGACUGGAGUCUCCAGUCAUUCGGUACCUGCUACAACAAUGGUCCACUGAUCCUGACAAGCUCAAGUACCUGUCCCUCUGGCUCCGGUGUGUCAUCGAACGGAGAAAGGUACCAGACGCUUUCCCCUCGGGCUUGCAGCUGGUGGGGUUAGCUCCAGAGAUCAAGGACGGCUUCUUGACUCUGGUCAUCCCGAUGAUCCGCUUCACUGGCGGCAUACCCGUGUUGGUCCACAGCCGACGCUCCCCUCCAGAAGAAAGCAUUCCGGCGGGUGCAGGAACACCGACUUCUCCGGACAGCCACAGCAAGGAAACGGCUUUGUGGGACCUAAGGGUGAAGGUCGACCUCAACGGGUGACCCGCUCCUCCUCGGCAAGGCUACACAAAAUGGCGAUGACAUGUGCAGUGGCGGCCCCGGGAUGGGCAGUGGGGGUGGGAGUGAAGGACAGAGGGGAUCAUCUGACUUGAUGCACGGAAAAGACCAAGGGGGUGGCUACCGCGUACCCCGAGGACCCCCAGCUUUGAUAUCCGUGCACAACAUGACACGAAAGAAGGAGCAAAGGAGGUAUAUUUGCUAAGGAGCAAAUGGUGCGUAUCACAGCAGUCGCAAGUUGCCCGUGUGUGUUCGCAGUUGGUCGGCUGGGCGUGCUUUGUAGCUACAUAUGCGUUUUGUUGGGGUGGGUCUUGGACA